AUGGAAUUUUUAGCAUGUAGAGGAAUAUUUAUUAAGAAUAGCUCUGUGAGAAAAUCAGAUAUGGAUGAUGAUUCGACAUCUCAGAUUUCACUUAAUAUUUUUUAAUCACCUACCACAUCAACUUCAACAACAACAUCAACAACAACAUCAACAUCAACAUCAACAACAACAACAACGUCAGAGCCGAAAUUCAGCAAAUGGAAACCAGAUGGCAUCACUGUGGCUGGUGGGAAUGGAGAAGGACAAGAAUUAAAUCAACUCCAAGGCCCUAUUGGAAUCUUUAUUGAUAAAAAUAAAAAUAUUUUCAUUGCUGAUACUCGGAAUCAUCGUAUUGUUGAAUGGAAAUACAAUGCAAAGGAAGGACAAAUUAUUGCAGGUGGAAAUGGGCCAGGAAAUCGAAUAGAGCAAUUGGAUCAGCCGACAAAUGUGAUUGUUGAUGAACAAAAUCAUUCGAUCAUUAUUGCUGAUUGGGGAAACAGACGAGUGAUUCAAUGGUUGAAUCAAAAUCAACAACUUCUUAUUCACAAUAUUGACUGUUGGGACUUGGCAAUGGAUAAAAAUAGAUUUCUUUAUGUUUCUGAUUGUAUAGAGAAUAAAGUGAGACGAUGGAAUAUGGGAGAAUACAACACAGGAGUUGUAGUGGCAGGUGGAAAUGGACAAGGAGAUCAACUCAACCAACUCUCUUAUCCUAGUUUUAUCUUUGUUGAUGAAGAUCAAUCUGUUUAUGUAUCAAAUUGGAUUAAUCAUCGUGUAAUCAAAUGGAAAAAAGAUGCAAAAGAAGGAACAACUGUGGCUGGAGGAAAUAGUAUGGGAGAAAAACUUAAUCGAUUGUAUCUUCCUCAAGGAGUAAUUGUUGAUGAUUUGGGUCAAAUCUAUGUGGCAGAUGAAGAGAAUCAUCGAAUAACGCGUUGGUGUGAAGGAAAAGAAGAAGGUGAAAUUGUUGUUGGUGGAAAUGGUGAAGGAAAUCAAUCAAAUCAAUUGAAUUAUCCCAUGGGUUUAUCUUUUGAUGAUGAAGGAAAUCUUUAUGUUGCUGAUCAAAUGAAUCAUCGAAUUCAAAAAUUUGAAAUAAUUUUGUGA